GUUUGGGGCUCUGAGCUCAUCGUCAUCAUCUGGCGACGCUCGAGCUUCGUUCUCCCACGAAACACGCUGUACAGCUGAUGGCGGCUUCGUAAGCCAACGACUAGUCGAAGCUUCGUUGUUCCGUCCUCCCAGACCGCUGUCGGAGAUGACGGGAGGCACGGGCCAAAAAUUCGAAGCGGCUGCGACCGUGAUCGCGGGCGUCGCGUCGCUCGCCGCGACCUUGCUAUCCAUCGUGUCGAUAUGGCUGCAGACCAAGAAUUAUCGGAAGCCGCUGCUCCAACGAUAUGUCGUCCGCAUCCUUCUUAUGGUUCCCAUAUACUCGAUUGCCUCCUGGACCAGUAUGGUCUCCCGCACAGCCGCCGACUUUCUCGACCCAAUUCGUGAUAUCUACGAGGCAUUUACGAUCUACACCUUCUUCCAGCUGUUGAUCAACUACCUCAGCGGCGAGCGGGCGCUCAUCAUCAUGACACACGGCCGUGCGCCUGUCCACCAUCUCUGGCCGCUCAACCACGUGCUCCCCACGGUCGAUAUAUCGGACCCCCACACCUUUCUCGCGAUAAAAAGGGGUAUCCUGCAGUACGCGUGGCUCAAGCCGAUCCUAGCCCUGGCGGCAAUCAUCAUGAAGGCGACCGGCACAUACCAGGAGGGAUACAUUGGGCUGCAGUCGGGCUACUUCUGGAGCGGCAUCAUCUACAAUGUCAGCGUCACCGUCAGUCUCUACUCGCUCGGGCUGUUCUGGGUCUGCAUGCACAACGAUCUAAAACCUUUCCGGCCGGUUCCCAAGUUCUUGUGCAUCAAGCUCAUCAUCUUCGCCUCGUAUUGGCAGGGCUUCUUCCUGUCCAUCCUUGUCUGGCUCGGCGCCAUCCCGGAUCAAGUCCAGGGCUACACCCCCGACAACCUCGCCGCGGCCAUUCAGGACUUUUUAAUCUGCAUCGAGAUGCCGGCAUUUGCCAUAGCGCACUGGUAUGCCUUCUCGUGGCAUGAUUUUGCCGACAACAGGAUCGCUUCCGCAAGGAUGCCCGUGUGGUAUGCUGCCAGAGACGCAUUCGGCAUCCGCGACCUGAUACAGGAUUCCAAGGAGACCUUCAAAGGCGACAAGUAUGGGUACCGCAUUUUUGACUCGGGUGACAAGAUUAUGGCUCACGAAGCCUCUCGGUCACGGCUGGCUCGGAUCAAAGAAGGCAUGAGAUACGAACGAGGAGGCAAGGCGAAAUAUUGGCUUCCCAGACCUGAUGAGAUCAACCAAACGACGCCUCUCUUGGGUGCCAAUGGCGGGCCAAGCAGGCGGACCGGCUCCCUCUCCCCUCACACCAAUGCCCUCGAAGAACCUGUGCUCGACGCUGACGAAGAGCUGCUGUACGAGAGCGCGAGGAAACUGGAAUAUGGGGAUUGGAAUUACCCCGUCAUCACAGCAAGCGAGCCGGCGAGUGUGCGGUACAUGUCGCCGCAUCCUAGCUUGUACCAGCACACGCCCACUGGCAGCUUCUAUCAACGCACCUCGUCCAGUUCAGCCCCAACGCUUAACCCGGAUGCUCCUCCCGAAAGGCGACGAAAGCCGGCACCGGAAGGUCCCCGGGCAGGGCUCAGCGACAGAAAGGGCAAACAGAGAGCGCUUGCCGAUGCCCAGAGCCCCAGCACGGCUCAUGAGACGGGCAAAGACCCCCUUGAAAUCGCCUAUGGCCCCACGAUUGGCACACACCCCAGUAUUACGAAGGACGACUUUAGGAUCAGCGCGGACAGCGGGGGGCAUAACCCGCACCAGGAGACCGGUCGAGAAGGUGGGCAACAUCAAGCGGAGCAGGGUGAUAGCGGUCCAGGACGUCCGGGAUCCCGAUUGGAGGAGGGAGCAGAAGAGAACGACAGGACGGAUCGCGUUUCUGGUCCGUAUUACGGUGUUGAUGGCGAGGACGAAUUUCGAAACGUCUGGGGGAGGUAACCUUGGCGAUGGAGCUAGUUCCACUUUUCCGAGUGUCAGUGUCGGCGUUGUUGCGAUCACCGCAUGUUGAUACCCGCCUCAAGUUCAAGGAGGCCACCGUUCAUGUGUAAAUAUAUGGAUUAAGGACCGCGCUGGGUUUAACAGAGGGAUAUGCAGGUAGGUGCCUGUCGUUGAAGGCAAGAAUCAGCUUUGUACAUACUACUACCUACCCUUGGUCAUCAUAGCUCGCAGCUGGUA